AAUCUUAUGAAACAAAAAAUCCUGAGAAACUGAAAUUUAGUUCUCCCGUACAUUUCCGAUAACAAUGGUCUUCUGAUUUACAGUUGCCGACUUGCCGCCGACGGCCAACACCAUUGCCACUUUGAGCACCAAUUCCCAUCCAAAAUCAUGUUGACGACGGCGCCAACGGCAGCGCCAACAAACACGUACAGUUUCAAUCAUACAGUGAGCUUGGAUUUGCGGCUGCUUAUGUGUCAUUCGUUUAGUAAGCAACUCCUUGUUCGUGGGCGUCAUCAACAUCUUCUUGUACCAUCUCCCCGCCCUAACCUCUCCCUAUUUCAAGUCUACUGCACUAACUCAAAGCCGACGCGCGGUUUCGGUCCUUCGCCUACCACAGACAAGGUCUACAACAAAAAGAAAGACAAAUUUACAUCCUCAACACCCAAGGUGGAGAAGGAUGUUGCUUUAGGCAAAAGGAAUCCCGCUAAUAAACAAUCCAGUUCUGUAACAGGUGAGGCACCUGGUUUAAGUUUUCAGAACAGUGGAAGUUUGAGUAACUCUGAGAUUCAGUUUGAAGAGAAGCUGGAAGCAGUUAAAAGGGCUGCAAUUGAGAAGAAAAGGAAUGAGGGAAGCAAAGAAUUUGGAGCAAUUGAUUAUGAUGCAACCAUGGAACCAAAGUCAAAAACUGGUACAAUUGGACUUGGCACCAAAAUUGGAGUAGGUGUUGCAGUUGUAGUCUUUGGGUUGGUUUUUGCCCUUGGAGAUUUUCUUCCUUCUGGCAGUAAUGACCCCGGUGAAGAGGCCCCUGUUUUGGGCAGUAAAUUAACCGAACAAGAGAAAACAAGUUUAGAGAAUAGGCUCCAGAAAUAUGAGGCAACACUUAAUGCAUAUCCACAAGAUCUAGAGGCUCUUGAGGGAUCAGCUGUAACCUUGGCAGAAUUAGGAGAAUAUACACGGGCUGCUGCUUUACUGGAGGAUCUUUGUGAGAAGAAAUCAAAUGAUCCUGAGAUUUAUCGCUUGCUUGGAGAAGUGAAGUAUGCACUGAAAGAUUAUGAAGGGAGUGUUGCUGCUUAUAGGAAGUCUUCAAUGGUAUCCAGCAGAGUUAAUUUUGAUGUCUUACGUGGUCUAACAAAUGCACUUCUUGCUGCUAAGAAGCCAGAUGAGGCUGUGCAGAUUCUUCUAACUGCUCGUGAGUCUUUGAAGACGGAAAUCUUAGAUGACAAAGAAGCUAACUCUGUAGACCCUAUUCAAGUAGAAUUGCUUCUUGGAAGAGCCUUUUCGGAUUGGGGUCAUGUUAGUGAUGCUGUAAAUGUCUACGAUCAACUUAUCACUAAUCAUCCAGAUGACUUUCGUGGAUACUUAGCCAAGGGAAUUAUUUUGAAAGAAAAUGGCAGUGUUGGCGAUGCGGAGAGAAUGUUUAUACAAGCUAGGUUUUUCGCCCCGGUGAAAGUUAAGGCGCUCGUAGACAGUUAUUCCAGAAAAUGAUUUAUUUCUUCAUUAGGUGGUUGUGUUUACCUGGACAUGAUGAAAAUCCAUCUUUUUUUCCUGGUUAUUUGCACAAAGAUGAAGAUUAUUGUAUGUGUGAAUAUAAAUCAAAAUCAGUUUGUGGAGGUUAUGUUAUUUUGAAUGAAUUGUUGACUUGCAUCUCAAGUGCAUGUAAAUAAUUACAAAUUUACAAUAAAUAAUAAAAUUAUUGUUC